AUGGAUGAUGCUUCAAUCAUGUUCCAGUGCCCCAUCUCAAUGGAGCCAAUGGAGGAUCCGGUGACGAUCGCCACCGGCAUCUCGUACGACAGGGAGUGCAUCGAGAAAUGGCUCUUCGUCUACAAACAGUCGACGUGCCCGGUCACCAUGCGGCGACUGCCGAACUCUGAUCUCAUUCCUAAUCACACCCUCCGACGUCUCAUGUCGUCCUUCCGGGAGGCCGCAGGGGGAGGGCCCGCCAAGCCGCCUCCACGCUUGCCCGACGUGAUCGACCACGACGAACUGGUUUCGCUGCUGAAGAACGUCCAAACGGGGCCCUUCAGGGUCACCUACCUGAGAAAACUACGGGCGCUCGUCGACAAGGACGUCGAGUUGCAGAAGGAUUUGAUUCGAUUGGGAGGCGCCCAAGUGUUGGGCCGCAUCAUGGCGUCCCAUGGCGUCGUGGAGUACUGGGACUUGGACGAUUUCCGAGAUCGCGACGAGGCUGUCGGCGUCCUGGCUCUCCUCCCCUUGUCGGAUGAGGCCACGGUGGAGCUCCUAUGGAAGCCCGACUGCGUGAGAUCGAUGAUGGAGAUCCUCCAAAGUGGAACCGCCGAGGCCCAACUCCGCACCAUGUCCAUCUUGACGAAGGCAUCGAAGACCAACAACGAGUGGACCAACACGGCUAACCUCCUCCUCGUUGGACGUACUGCUCGAGAUCGUCGCGACCUCGAAGAAGAACCGCCUGAAGGCGAUCGAAGCCGGCACGAUUCGCGUCUCGGUCGAGAUUCUGACGGGCGCAAGUGCGAGAAGGUGUUGCUGCUGCUCACGAGGCUCUGCAAGUGCCCCGAGGGGCGAUCGGCCAUGGCCGACCACGGGCUGGGCGUGGCGGCGGUGUCCGAGAAGAUACUGCGGGUGUCGAGGCUGGCGACCAAACUGGGCGUCAAGAUCUUGUGGUUGAUGAGCAGCAAUCGGCCCACAGAGCAACUGCUGGAGGAGAUGACGGUGGUCGGGUCGGUGGCGAAGCUCCUGGCCUUGUCGCACAUCGAUGGGCAGUCGUCCACCAAGAAGAGAGCCAUGAGGAUGAUGAAGUUGCAUGGGGCUGCAUGGAGGCGGUACCCCUGUGUUCCUAGCGACCUGAACGACUUCCUGAGAUCGUCUCGAUUCUCAGUAAAUUUUGUAGAGAAAGCAGAAGCUGGAGAGGUUUGA